AUGAGCUGUUCCGGAUUGUUGGUCAAGUUGGUGCUCGUCAGCCUGAUUCUCCACACGCACAGUGCGCCAUCAAGAAGAUCACGGGAUGCCAAACUACCAGAAGAAUCUACCACGAGUCGGCAAAGCAAGUUACAAGAGAAAUUCAAGGAAACUACCACCACCACAGAAUCUUCACCCACAAACAGACGCAACAAAGCAUUAAACCUAUUUGGCUACUUCCCAUCUUACUUAUCAUCAGGUCUAGAUUACAGCGAAGAUGAUGAUGAUGACGUAACCUUCUCCGUCAAUGACGACAACUUCGAUGAUGACGACUUAUCCCGCACAAUUCCCUCAAGACGCCGACAGCAGAAUAAGAAGAAGAACGGAAACGGAGAAACCUUCGCGAAUGAUAACAUAAACUCACUGCAAUAUGAUAACUCUCCCAUUUUCUAUAUUAGACUCCCUCCUACCCCGUAUAUGUUCGUUCCAGGAUUAGGAUAUGUAUCCCAGCCACCCAGUAUUGGACCACCAAUGCCGCCAAUGAUGCCACAACCAAUGCAAAAUCCAGAUCCUUUCAUCAAUCUGCCUUUAGAUUUUGUUUCUAACGGAAAACCAACCGGCGUUUAUCAAUGGGGUGGCGCACCUCAAUUUCCUCAAAUGCCACAGAUGCCAAUGGAUCCUUAUGGUUUCGGACAGCCAAUGAUGCCUCAACCCUCACGUCCGAACUAUAAUCCCUCUUAUUCAAAGCCUAAACCAACUAACUCUAAGAUCACGAACAUGAAGGGGUCGUAUGUAUUCAAUGGAAAACCAAGUGAUAGUGUCUACGUGCUACGAGACACAUAUAACUCUAUCUAUUCAGAUGCUCUGCAGAAUUUCUAUCCUUAG